AUGAAGAGCACCAGGCAGCUAGGCCAGGAUGCAGUCAAUUACGGGUUUAAUACCAGAGUGUCGCUGAAAAUAUACUUGAAGACAUGCGUUCGGAUUUUGGACAAGGCGCAGAGUAGUUUCCAGAAUGGCGAUAUGGCGUUGGCGUUUAUGUUCUAUAGCAGGUAUGUGGAUCUGUGCGUCAGCAAAUUGGCCAGGCACCCCGAAUACGUGUCGGUCGGUUUGGCCCAGGAUCCGGAGAUUGCACUGUACAGGCAGAAAUACUUGCAACUCGUUAGACUGGAGGUCCCUGCGGUGCUCAAGAUUAUUGAAGACCUCAGGAAGAUACUCGACGACCAGUAUAGCAAGCACCAGCAAUCGCUGGCUAAAAAUAUAGCAAAGCCAACCGCGGUGGAGAACAGACAUCAUAUACCACAUUUAGCACAGGGCUCAACGCCGUCAACGUCGCAGCCGUUACCACUGCCACCCACGUUCAACGAACACAGAUUCAACCAGUCCAUCUCCUUUUUCGCGACGAGGGAAACGAUAAGUGAAAACACAACGGAACAGUCAAAAACCACUUUCCACUACCCUGAGUUACCUCAAUUGAGUUUUUCAACCUAA